CUUAUUAAUUCUAACUUGUAAAAUGUGCCUCAUUAAUUAUUCUCUCUCUUUCCCACUUUCCAAUACUAAUAACAAAGGGUAAUUUUGGAAGUUUAUUUUGAUUCAAGACAAAUUUAAUGCAUUUUAUCUAGUUUAACUACAUUUCUUAAACUAUGUGAAUUUUUUUUUUGCUGCUUAUAAAUAGGACCGGAGGGAGUAAUGAGUAACACACAUGUUACAUAAAAAGCCACGUUCAUCAUGAAACUUACUUACAUAUAUAGUUUAGUUCCCCCCUACAAAGCUAAAGGUACAAGCACAUGAUCCCACAAUGGAAGAAACCACAUCAACAAUCAUGGCUGCACUCUCCACCCUCACUCCUUCCCAGCUCACAGAUCUCACCAACUCAAUCCUCUCAUCCACCCGCCGCCACCACCUCCGCCUCACCUUCCUCCUCUCCUCCCCAACUCUCUUCUCUCUCACCCUUCAUCACCUUCACACUCUCUCCCUCUCCCAAAAGACCCUCCUCAUUGCCCGCCACCUCCUCUCUUCCCUCCACCACCUCACCCGCCACCUCCAACCCGCCUCCCCGCCACUGUCCACCGCCAUAAGAGAGCGCGAGCUGGACGCCGUCUUACUCCUCCUCCUCUUCUGCGAGACCCACAACCACAAUCCAGAAGCCCUCGAAGCACCCUUCUCCGAUUGGAGAUUGAACCUGAGCAAGCUCUUCUCCGACACGUUGCUUACACUUUCUUCUUCUUAUUCCUCUGCACCUGUCAUUGGGGCGUGUAAGGGUACAAUCUUGAUCCCCUUCGUUGAGAGGGUGAGCCGGUGCUGGAGGCUAGUCGGCGCGAUGAAUUGCGGCGGUGGCGGAGGAGGAGGGAAGGAGUUUGGGGAGGUUGCGGCUUCGGCUGCGGCAGUGGUGGCUCUGCCGGCGGUGGAGGUGGCGGUGGGUGGGAGAGAGUGUGUGAUAUGCAAAGAGGAGAUGCGAGUAGGGAGAGAUGUGUGUGAGUUGCCAUGUCAGCAUUUGUUUCAUUGGAUGUGCAUUUUGCCUUGGCUAGGGAAGAGGAACACGUGUCCUUGCUGCAGGUUCCGGCUACCGUCCGAUGAUGUGUUCGGGGAGAUCCAACGGCUGUGGGAGGUGUUGGUUAAAUCAGGUGCAAAAGAAUAGGAUGAUUCCUUAACCUUGGUUAAAAUGAUUGUACCAUCAUUCUUAUUUCUUACUUGGCAUGGUAAUUGAAGAAAGGUACAAAGGAAUAGAAAAUAAUCAAAAUAUAGUGAUCCGGAAACCCUUUCUGAAUUUAAAAUCAAUUAUGAAGAGGAGCUUCUGUAAGCUUUUAAGUUUUAGAAUUGAUUAUGCUGAAGAGAAGUUAAUUCACACCUCAUGCUGAUAUAGGGAAGAAAGGGAGGUGGGGCCCACGGUCAAGCUUUUGUAGCAAUUUUGUUGUGUGAAUGGCUGGCAUGUGUCUGUUUGGUUUUGAUGUUUUUGAUCUCAGACAGGGACUCAUGUGGUGGAGGAGGAGGGUAUGAUUGUGUGGCCAAGUGAAUUUAAGGAUAAUUUAGCAUACAAGUGAGGUUGUUAAUUUAAUAAUCUUGUGUGUGUAUAGUUUAAGACUAUAGGAUAUAGAUAUGGAAAGAUAGAGAAUCAAUAAAUUGCAAGGGUUCUUGGUUAUAUUAGUUUUUAGUUUCAUAAUGUGUUCUUCAUUGUUGGCA